GUUAAACCGUCUCACUUUGCCCAGCUGAAUUUGAAUUUCGCGGCUCUCAGCCAUUCUUACUGUGUGCAGAAUUCAACACUUUGCCGAGCAGCGUGGUCGAUUUAGAUUCAUCAGCACGAGAAGGAAUUAAGAGUAAUUCUUGUAACCAUAUAAUAAAAUGGCUCUCCGACCUGCCCUCAAACCCCGCAGGGUGAAAAAGAAGACGAACAAGUUCAUUCGUCAUCAAAGUGACCGAUAUGUUAAAGUUAAGGACAACUGGAGAAAACCCAAGGGUAUUGACAACAGAGUGAGGAGGCGCUUUAAGGGACAAUACCUUAUGCCUAAUAUUGGUUACGGUACUGCUAAAACCACCCGUCACAUGCUUCCCACUGGAUUCCUUAAAGUUUUGGUCAACAAUGUUAAGGAAUUGGAAAUGUUGAUGAUGCAGAACAGAAAGUACUGCGCUGAAAUCGCCCACGGAGUCUCCUCCAAGAAAAGGAAACUAAUCGUCGAGCGAGCCCAAGAACUCUCUAUUCGUAUCACGAAUGGAAACGCCAGACUUAGGAGUGAAGAUAACGAGUAGAUUUUAUCUCGUUGUUGUAACUUUAAUACUAAUUUUUUUGAAAUAAAGGGACGCACUCCUUUAACGGCAAAGAGUUGUUAAAAUUGAA